AUGCACGGCGCGAACCGGCGUCCCGCGGACGCGCACCCUGGGCAAUGGGUGCUCAUUGCACCAGAGGCUGCUACUGAUCGCCCUAGGACACCUGACAGCGAACCUUUGUUUACAAAACUGCGCAACCCAAGCACAGGGGAGGCAACCCUUUACUUAUUCAAUAGUGGUGCACAGCAGCUGUUUGAAGUAAAAGCGUUUCAUGAGGAAUAUCGUUCCUGGUUUGUAGGUCAGACUGUUCAACAAGAUGGGCGCCUGCUGUUUGUUACACCGAUGGACCCAUUAUUUCUGAUUCUUUACUACCUCAUAAAGGCAGACAAGGAGCAGCAAGGAAAGUUCCAGCCACUCGAUCAAGUUGUGCUAGACUCAGACUACCCUAACUGCCUAUUGCUGCUGAAGUGUGCGGAUGUUAAACAGUACAUACACCAUGUAACAGAAGAAAAAGAGAUUGGCAGUCAGAAAUUCCACAAAUACAGCCAAGAGAAGACACUGAAGUGGUUAAAGAAAAAGGUCAAUCAAACAGUGAAAGCACUUAAAAGCAACAAUGUCACUGUAGGUGAAAGGGUACACGCAGCUACAUAUAUCAGCUGUAAACAGAUCACAGAUACUAAAGAAGACUAUGCGCGGUAUGCCCAUGGGUUAAUAUCAGAAUACAUUCCUGAAGAUCUGAGUAAAGAGUUGUUGAAAUAUUUAGGGCUCCCAGAACUUAAAAGCCCAGCACCAGAGCCACCGUUGAAGAAAAGGAAAUUAUCGGAUGUCCCUGUGGAAGCAGAAGAAGACUAUACUAAGUUUAACAGCAGCAAUCCGAAAACCAAAAAGGCAAACAGCAAGUUGUCUGCGGCACAGAAGGCUCUGGCCAAAGUUGAUAAGAGUGGAAUGAAAUCCAUUUCUACUUUCUUCAGCUCCAAACCUAAAGCAUCAAAAUAA